UGUCAGGCGCUUACUAGAACACCAUCAUCCACCAUGAGGAUUGCAAAAUUUUCAGUGAUCGCAACUGUCCUAUGCAUUUUAACGUUAGCAAUAACUUUGGAAGCUAAAAAAUCUAGGAACCAAGAUAAGUUGAAAUAUUCGAAAUCAAGCAAAAGCCGAAAGCUUAUUAUUCAGUGCUGUGGGGCAAAUUCAUGUACAAAGCUGAAUACAACAUUAUUCAACAAAAGUAAAACAACACAUAAAAAUGGCCCAGGAAGAGUUAAAGACUUGACUAUACCUACAACUGUCACUCAUCUAUUAGUUGAAAAUACUGAAAUGGAUAAUUCUACCACUGCUAUUGUUUCAGCCACAGAAGAACAAACCAUCGCCUUCAUUCCUAAGGAAACACAAGUUAUAUCUGAGGUUUCAACUAUAUCUACACUAGACGUAGCUCAAGACACUCAAUCAGUGCCAGUGUCAACGGCAUCCUUGAUCCCUGAAUCCAGACAAUCCUUCACUGCAUCAACUACGCCAACCUCCCUUAGCCCCACAAUUACAUCAACAGUUUUUUUGAUAUUAACGAGCACAACUACUAUACCAACAAGUAGCACUACGCCUUCUGCAAGUUCAAGUACCCAAAAACCAGUUACCACCUCAAUCCAAUCAACAACAAAAACAGCUACCACUGCCUCCACUACAACUAGUACUUCUACUACUUCUACUACUACAACCACCACUUCUACUAGAGCUCCUACAACCCUGAAACCAGGAUCCAUUUACGAUUGCUCACAUCUGAUAUGUCAAAGAAACAAUUCGCUUUUUGAUUCGGAAAAAAAUCUUGUCGAACCAAAGAUGUAUGGAUCGUGGAGAGAGAUUUGUGGAGAACUGUACUUGUUUGGAAAAUCAAUUGUCACGUGGGAGAGAAAUGUCGAGCGUUGCUGCAGCAUUGGAAUGACGCCGAUUGCUUUUGAAACUGAGGAAAAAUUCAGAUGUCUCACUAAUUUGACCAAGCAGGAAUUAUGGCGGUACAACUAUAAUUACUGGACGUCAGCACGACGCCUUUUUUCCAAUAACACGUUUCAAUGGUGCUUAAGUUUAAACGGAACGCAAUUCACAGAUGUCGGUUCUAUGUGGGCAGUUGGACAGCCCGACAAUAGAAACAACUCCCAAAAUUGUAUCCAUCUUUCCAUUCCCAGAGACAGAAAUACAACCGAGCUAACGGACAGAAAUUGCAACGACACCUACGUUUUUGCAUGCAAAGGAAUUCCAACACCAGCUCCUAAAUGCGAUGUACCUGUCUGUCCAGGUGGCAGUUGUGAUAAAAAGCUUUCCUUGUAUACCACUGCUCUUGACAAAUCAUCAUUCUUGAGCAAUCCAGAGUCAUAUGGAACUUGGGUUAACAUUAACUACAGAAUUUAUAUGUUUGGAAACACUGCAAAAACAUGGGAAGAAUCUUUAACAGCCUGUUGUGACAUUGGAAUGAAACUGCUUAGUGUAGACAAUGAUUAUGAAUAUGGUGUCUUAGCAAAUGCUCUGCAGAAAACAAACCAGCAAGUCUCAGCAGGAACGUUUUGGACCUCCGGAACCGACUUUGGUUGCACCGGUGCAUUUGGUUGGUGUGCCGUAAACAAACUGGUCAGGGCACCAAUCUGGAGCAAGGGACAUCCACAAAGUGGCAAAAACUGCGUUUCAGCAGAUUUAUCAGUGACCAACACCACAUUGAGCACUAACGAUUGCACUUCAAAUUUAAAAUAUAUUUGCGAGACGCGAGACACUGGCUCUUCUGCUUCUGGAGGAAGAGCUAUUAAGGACGAGUGUGCAUCGAUUUAUAACAUCUCUACAGUUGAGCAAGACAACAUUUUUAAUAGCACUUCCUUCAACAUUAGGAUAAAAUGUUUCUUAAAAUGUUUGGGUGAAAAUGGAGGAGUGAUUGUAAAUGGACGCAUUGUGGACGAACAGCUAAUAAAAUUGGCCGAGACACUUUCACCAAACAAUAGCGCUCAAUUAAUGAAUGACUUGAAAGCUGUAGACGCAUGCUCUAGCAUAAAGGGCAUGGACGAGUGUGACACGGCUGCUUUGUCUUAUCAAUGCGGACAGGAAAAGGCACCCACGCUUUUGUCGAAUGCAAUCACAGCAGUGGAAUUAAACAACACUGUGGUAGCGUCCCCGCUUCAGCCUUCGUUGGGGCAGUGUAUCACUGACUAUGCAUGCGUGCUGAAUCCCAACAAGAGACUGUUGUUUGAAACAAAAUCAACACCAACUCCUGAUGGUAUCAUAGAAGAUAUUUGCGGAAAAAAAUACUUUGCAGGCAAUGCAAAAGUUCUAUAUCGAGAAGCUGCAUCUUUGUGUUGCGAGUAUGGUUUGAAUCUUAUAUCUUUGGAAACUGUGGACGAGCUGAAGUGUCUUGUGGCAGCUUCAUUAGGCAAUUUUAUAAGACCGGCAAAAGUAUGGAUGGCAGUAUCGCGCAGAGGAACAACAGGCAAUAAAUUCCGGUGGUGCAGUUCUAAUACUCCGUUCAACGUGUCCGAUUGGUAUUGGAAUAAUAUCAACGGAUACCCGGAAUAUUUUGUCGCGACAAUAUAUUUGCAAACCACUUUUCCAAACACGUACUUCAAUACGGAUCCAGAUAAUAGUAUGUCAAUACUUGGAUAUCCCUUAUGUGAGGAGCAGUCACUGUGAAAAUAAUAAAAAUAUAAUGAAUUAUGUAAUCAAGUUCAUUUGUAUAUUUGUUUUUAUAAAAAAAAAAUGGUAUUGUUAGCUCACUUACGGUUGAUACUUAUUUGUAAAAAUAUUAUUAUUA